GAGACGAGACGCGCGCCGUCGCCGUCAUGUCCGGCCGAACCGAGCCUACAAAUGGAGCCCCCAUGGCGCAGACGGAGGAAGAAGAAGUUCAGCUCCAUACCUAGCUAGCUAGCAAGCCAAAGCCAGGCAAGCUCACGUCAGCAGCGAGCGCGCGAGCGGAGUGAGCAGAGCAAGGAGGAGGAGGAAGGCGGCCGGCGCACAUGUCUUGCGCGGUGGCACCGGGCUCCCCGGUCUUCUCCCCGUCCCGCCUGCUCCUCCCCGGCGCGCCGGACCACCACCACGGCGCCUCCAGCAGCCCCUUCCUCCCGGCCUCACCGCUCCGCUUCUUCGCCCUCCGCGCGCGCAUCCGCCCGGACCCGCCGUGCGCCAAGCCCCAGACGCAGCCGCAGCCGCCCGCUCCGACUACUCCUACUGCUGCCCCCGCGCUCAAGCGCCGCCGCCCGGCGCCUCUCCUCGUCCCCGUCGCAGUCCCCGCCCCGCCGCCGGUGCUCGCUGCGGCGAAUGGGGCGACGGCGGACGAGGUGGCCGAGCAGGGCGAGGGCUUCGCGGCCUACUGCCGCAAGGGCAAAGGCCGGAAGCGCGUCGAGAUGGAGGACCGCCACGUGGCCGCCGUCGCGCUCGGCGGGGACCGCGCGCAGGCGCUGUUCGGGGUGUUCGACGGCCACGGCGGGAAGGGCGCGGCGGAGUUCGCCGCGGGGAACAUGGCCCGGAUCAUGGCGGAGGAGCUCAAGCGAGGGGGAGGUGUGGAGGAGGCGGCGAGGCGGGCGUACCUGCGCACCGACGAGGAGUUCUCCGCCGACGCGGGCGCGGAGGGCCCCAGCGGCGGAGCGUGCUGCGUGACGGCGCUGCUCCGCGAGGGCGACAACGGGCGGCGGCGGCAGCUGGUGGUGUCCGGCGCCGGGGACUGCCGCGCCGUGCUGAGCCGCGGCGGCAGGGCGGAGGCGCUCACGGAGGACCACCGCGCGUCGCGGCGGGACGAGCGGGACCGGAUCGAGGCGCUGCGGGGCGGGCUGGUGCUCAACUGCCGCGGCGUGUGGCGGGUGCAGGGCUCGCUGGCGGUCACGCGGGGCAUCGGCGACAAGCACCUCAAGCCGUGGGUGGUGGCGGAGCCGGAGACGGCCACGGUGGACGUCGACGAGCGGUGCGACCUGCUCAUCCUCGCCUCCGACGGGCUGUGGGACAAGGUGGGCAACCAGGAGGCCGUCGACGUGGCCGCAGCAUGCUCCGGUGGUCUGCCCGCCGCGUGCCGCCGGCUCGUCGAGAUGGCGGCGGCGAGGGGAUCCACCGACGACAUCAGCGUCCUUGUCAUCCAGCUGCAACGCCCUCUCCGAUGAAGAUUGUAACAGCUAACACAAGAGUACAAGAGAGAUAGAUGCACACCGGCCGACGCCAUGAUCAGGCAGCCUACGUGUAGAUAGAUAAAAGCUUUUUGACGGCGCGCGUCUCGUCCCUUGCUUGAUCCGGCUGCUAGAGUUCGUUUGUAACGGGAUUAUUGUUGCUCGUCUCCAAAACGCAAGGGAUCAUGCACGAUUGGUGCUAAUAAUCAACACUGAAUUGAGCUCUCAA